UCUCACAGUAGAUUCCUGAAUGGAAAAGGUGCCUUUCUAGGACGUUUUCGAAAUACACACGUGAACAUGAAGAACCACACAUAUACAAGAUGUAAUAUAAGACUGUCAACUGUCGAGGGUAGACGUAACAAAUUGUCAGUGUAGUUGUGGGAUGUUGACUUUGGCCGAAAUAAUUAUAAUGGCUGUAGUUGCGGCACUAUUUGGAUGUUACGUUGUAACGUCAAUUAUUUUAUUGAAAUAUCCACAAAUUUUACAUAAGAAAAAGAAUGUAAAAUUUCGCCCAAGACACAUCAGUCACAGAGGAGGUGCUGGUGAAAAUCUGGAAAAUACCAUGACUGCCUUCCGUUUUGCAUCUGAUCUUGGGACAGAGAUGUUGGAGAUAGACUGUCACAUCACCAAGGAUGGUCAGGUGGUUGUGUCACAUGACAAUUCCCUCAAGAGGUCAUGUGGUGUUGAGGGGGAGAUAAUCGACUAUGAUUACAAAGAUCUACCCCCAAUUCAGGGUGUGCUUUCCUUGGAUUUCAUGAGUAGUUUCCAAACUAAGGGUGGAACUGACAGACAAAUUCCACUAUUGAGGGAUGUGUUUGAAGCAUUUCCUACGAUGCCUAUUAAUAUAGAUAUCAAAAUUAACAACGAUGAACUCAUAAACAAGGUAAAUGAUUUGAUUAUGGAAUUCAAUCGUGAAUCACUCACUGCUUGGGGUAAUAGGAGUUCAUCAGUAACCAGUAAACUCUACAAAAAGAACCCAGAUGUACCAUUAAUAUUUUCCAUGCAGCGUGUGCUGUUGUUGGUUUUGACAUUCUACACUGGGAUUCUGCCAUUCCUGCCUCUAAAAGAGUCCCUCUUUGAGGUUCUCAUGCCUGGUGCACUUUUAAGUGGGGAUAAAUUCAAUAGGCCUUUGAACCGAAAAAUGAGGUUCCUUUUGAAAUUGGCUGAUGUACUGAUGAUGAGACCUACAUUACUUCAGCACUUAGAAAGAAGAGGGAUACAGACCUAUCUAUGGGUGCUGAAUUCGGAGGAAGAAUUUGAGCGAGCAUUUAAACUUGGGUCCACAGGGGUCAUGACAGACUUUCCAACAUUACUGAAGGAUUUUCUGGAUAAAAAUUAUCCCGAGCUUAAACAAGAAAAGGGUUACCAGAGUAUAGAAGCAUUGUGAUGACAUUAGAGACUAUGAUGAUAUAAGAGACUUAAAGAUGUAAGGGAUCAUGUGGUGAAAUUGGAUACCCAAUUUUUAAAUCAGAGACUAGGUGACAACAUCAAGACAUUUUGUUGACAUCAAAGACCCUGUGAUGAUUUUGUGAUGAUAGAGAUUUUAUGAUGGUAUUAGAGACUGCGUAAUGACAUCAGAGACAUUGUGAUGACAUCAAAGGGUAUAUGAUGACAUCAUAGACCCUGUGAAGACAUCAGAGAUCUUGUGAUAAAAUCAGAGAUCUUGUGAUAAAAUCAGAGAUCUUGUGAUAAAAUCAGAGAUCUUGUGUUGGCAUCAGAGAUCUUGUGAUAAAAUCAGAGACCUUGUGUUGGCGUCAGAGAUCUUGUGAUUAAA